CCUCGCGCGUUGCGCGUCUGAUUCUCGCGCUCAGUUUCACAUUUAUAUUCGAUAAUGAAGAAGAUGAUGAUGAUGCUGGAGUAACGGGAUGAAGAUCGCAUCGAUCACAUCUUUAACAUGACAAACCCGCAGCGCGCGCUUCUGUCGCAUUUGCCGCGGAGCGAACGAUGAGCGCCGGCGGGGAUCCGCGCGUUACCCUGGAAACGGCUGCGGAGCGCCGGAGACUCGAGCGAGCGCAGGCCGAGCAGAGUGAAGCGACAGGCGGACUGAAGCGAGAGGAAGAGCCGUUGCGGGACGCGGAGCUCCGGAGAGAGAUUCACACACCUGCGAUUGUUUUGUUAGUUUAACUGGAGACGAGGCUUUAAUUGUGCAUUAAUUAUGCAUGAAAUAUCCAUGAUACCCAGAAGGAAUUAAUUGAUGUUUCACUCUUUUAAAUAAGCCAGUUAUGAAGAUGUGCAGUGCAUACUGCAAACUCCACUGCAUCAGUCGUGCAUGUGAUGGAAUAAGAGACAGAAUUGUGCAGUGACAGUGCUGCAGGACAGAGUGAAACACUGAUCUGAGGACAGUAAGAAUGACAAACACUGAUGAUGAUGGAGCAAUAGUUUAGGGACAUCCUGAAGAUUUUCAGAAAGUUUCAGUUCUGGACAGACACACACACAGAGAGAGAGACAGACAGACAGAGAGACAUACUGAGGCCUGACGCCUCCGGUCUCUCUUCUUCGAGCACGCUCGUGCUCGCAGGAAGAGCUUUGCCACGUCGCGGCAGAGAAGCAUGGAAACUCCGCCCACUGCACCUACUCAGCCAUUCCGACAACCUAGUUUUCUUAGCCGCCGUCUGAAAGGUUCGAUUAAGCGAGCAAAGAGUCAACCCAAACUCGACCGCACUGGAAGCUUCCGCCACAUGAUACUCCCACGAUUCCGCAGUGCUGACCAGGAGAGGACGCGACUGAUGCAGAGUUUUAAGGAGUCUCACUCGCACGAGUCUCUGCUCUCUCCGAGCAGCGCGGCCGAGGCGCUGGAUCUCACGCUGGACGAGGAUGCCAUUAUUAAACCCGUCCACUCCAGCAUCCUCGGCCAGGAGUACUGCUUCGAGGUGACGACAGUAUCAGGCACGAAGUGUUUUUCAUGUCGUUCUGCAGCAGAGAGAGACAAAUGGAUGGAGAAUCUGCAGCGGGCCGUGAAGCCGAACAAGGAUAACAGCCGUCGUGUUGAUAAUGUGCUUAAGAUGUGGAUUAUUGAAGCGCGAGACCUUCCCGCUAAAAAGCGCUACUACUGCGAGCUGUGUCUGGAUGACAUGCUGUACGCUCGAACCACCAGCAAACCACGAACGGACACGGUGUUCUGGGGGGAACACUUUGAGUUUAACAACCUCCCCGCCAUCCGCAGUCUCAGAUUACACCUGUACAAAGAAACCGACAAGAAGAGACGAAAGGAGAAGAGCACAUAUCUGGGUCUGGUUAGUAUCCCGAUCUCCAGUAUAACGGGUCGUCAGUUUGUGGAGCAGUGGUAUCCCGUUAUACAGCCCAGCGUUCUGGCGAAAGGGGGCGGAGUCGGCAGCGGGAAGAUCAUCAACGCAUCGCUGCGACUCAAAUCUCGCUAUCAGACAAUGAACAUCCUGCCGAUGGAGCUGUAUAAGGAGUUUGCAGAGUACGUCACCAAUAAUUACCGCACACUGUGUGGCGUUCUGGAGCCGCUGUUGAGCGUGAAGAGUAAAGAGGAAGUGGCUUGUGCGCUGGUACACAUCCUACAGAGCACUGGGAAGGCCAAGGACUUCCUGUCUGAUAUGGCCAUGACCGAGGUGGAUCGAUUCAUGGACCGCGAGCAUCUGAUCUUCAGAGAGAACACACUGGCCACUAAAGCCAUCGAAGAGUUCCUGAAGCUCAUCGCUCUCCGUUACCUCAAAGACACCAUCGGUGAGUUCAUCCGCGCGCUGUACGAGUCCGAGGAGAACUGUGAGGUGGAUCCCAUGCGAACGCCCCCGUCUGUGGUGGCGGAUCAUCAGGCUAAUCUGCGCAUGUGCUGUGAACUCGCGCUCUGCAAGAUCAUCAACUCUCAUUGUGUGUUUCCACGGGAACUGAAGGAGGUAUUUGCGUCGUGGCGCGUGCGUUGUGCCGAACGCGGCCGUGAGGACAUCGCGGACCGUCUCAUCAGCUCGUCUCUCUUCCUGCGCUUCCUGUGUCCAGCGAUCAUGUCUCCAUCUCUGUUUAAUCUGACGCAGGAAUAUCCGUCCGAGCGCACCUCACGAACUCUCACGCUCAUCGCCAAGGUGGUGCAGAGCCUCGCCAGCUUCUCAAAGUUCAGUGGUAAAGAGGAUUAUCUGGGCUUCAUGAAUGAGUUUCUGGAGAUGGAGUGGGGCUCAAUGCAGCAGUUCCUGUAUGAAAUCUCUAAUCUGGAGUGUGUGAGUAACGCCGGGGCGUUUGAGGGUUAUAUCGACCUCGGCCGAGAGCUGUCCAUCCUGCACAGUUUACUCUGGGAGGUCAUGGCCCAGCUCAGUAAGGACGCCAUAUUGAAACUGGGGCCGUUGCCGCGGUUACUGAAUGACAUCAGCGUGGCGUUGCGCAACCCUCAGCUGCACCGUCAGGCGAGUCACCAGCCGCCCGAACGUCACCUGUCACGACCCGCAUUCGCCCGCCUCGCCACUAACGACUUCCAGAGCCUCAUGAUGAGAGACCUCAACAGCUCUAUAGAUAUCUCUCGUCUGCCGUCUCCUACUGCGGGUUUGUCUGGAAGUGGCAUUCUGUCUCAUCCGGGAAUGGCUGCGUUCUCCGAGCGUGAUCACCGUGGCAACAAAGACGUGUUCUACGUGACCCGCCCUCCUCUGGCACGCUCAAGCCCCGCCUACUGCACAAGCAGCUCUGACAUCACCGACCCUGACCCGAAGGUUCUCAGUGUGAAUAAGAGCGUGUCUAUGAUGGAUCUUCAGGAUUCGCGCAUUAACAGCGUGUCGAAUCUGCACUCUGUCAAUGACCUGCUGAACUCGUCUCAGGGCUCUCUCGCCGGGCUGGGCGGGUACGGUCCACUGGGUGGCGCCCCUCUCAGGGCGGGAGGUCGCGUGUCAGCGGGGUCAAAUAUGUCGGGUGGUUUGCGCAUGGGGACGGAUUCGCUCUCGCAGCAGCAGCAACAGCAGGCGGCCGCGAUGCACGUGCCGUUAUCCUUCCAGAACCCUCUGUUCCACCUGGUGUCCGACGGGCCGCAGUACCACACCCCCCCACAUGUGCCCGCUGCUGCCCCGCCCCCACUCCUGCUCGCCCCGGAGCCUGAGAACGGACACGUUGGCUUCGGCAUGCCGACAUUCGGUCACAGCGGCUUCUCUCGCAGCGAGGAUCUGUCGGCUCUGCGCUCACAGAACAGUCUGGUGCAACCCAACAUCGUCCACUCACACAGCUACAGUGACGAUUUCACACGUCACAAUCAGGCCGACUACGCCCGCAGACAGCUCUCACUGCAGGUGCAGGAGAAUCUUCAGCAGCAGGUUUUAAUGGGCAUGGCCCCACAGACAGCGACGGGCACCGGCACACCCGCUUCUCUGGCCACUCCCCCUACCACCAUUCAUCCUGUGCGUCAGGCCUCCAUGGCUCCGCCUCCUCCUCAGCGUGCAAAGCCUCAGCCUUCUCACCAGCUGUCCGUCAGCUCAGCCGCUAACUCCACGCCUCCCAAGACCCGCCCUCAGAGUGGGAACCUCCUCCAAUCACCCGAGUCAAGUUUCGGGGCAAGGCAGUUGCCGCGACAGCAGCUGUCAGCGAAGGAUAGCCCCGCCCCCGGGCUGCCGCAUCAGUCCAGCACAGCGAAUGAGAAUGCCACACCACAAGGGGGCGCUGGUGAGAGCGUAGAAAACACCCCUAGCAACCAACCCGCAAAACCCGCUCAACAAAAUAACCAACAGAAUUUACUCAAACCAACUGUUAACAAACAGGGCUCGAAAUCUCCCUCCACAUUGAACACCCCCACAGCUGCGUCUGAGCGUACGGUGGCCUGGGUGUCCAACAUGCCGCACCUGUCUGCAGACAUUGAGAGCUUGCGUGUGGAUCGUGAGGAUUUCAAACUGAAGGAACACUCUAAGAGUAUGGACGAGUCUCGUCUGGACCGGGUGCGCGAGUAUGAGGAGGAGAUUCACUCUCUAAAGGAGCGUUUGAUGAUGUCACACCGUAAACUGGAGGAGUACGAGCGCCGGCUGCAUUCACAGGAACAACAGACGAGUAAAAUCCUGCUGCAGUAUCAGAGUCGCCUGGACGACAGUGAGCGACGCCUGCGACAACAACAGGUGGAGAAAGACUCGCAGAUCAAAGGAAUCAUCAACAGGUUAAUGGCUGUAGAGGAUGAGUUGAGAGGAAGUGGAAUGCCUGACCUGAAAACCAGAUUAUUCACAGAACAGCCCAUUUAUGGUGCUCACUCUGGAACAUGAUUGGCCCGUGCAGGAAUAGUGGACAUGUGAUUGGUUGAACCUCAACCCUGGAAUAUCUGUUGAUUGGCUGAGAGAGAAGAGAAAGGCGGAUCCAGAGAAUGAAGAACAACUCCAACUAUAUAAUCUCUCUUUCUCUCUCUCUCUCUUUCUCUCUCUCUCUCUCUCUCUCUCUCUCUCUCUCACACACACACACACACACACACACACACUGGGAAUAUAUAUAUAUAUAUAUAUAUGUGUGUGUGUGUGUGUGAUUAAUAAAUAUAUAUAAUAUAUAUAUAUAGUCAUCAGGUGUCUCUCUCUCCUGCUGUCUCUCUCUCUCUCUUUUCUUCUGAAAUUUUGAGCCAAAUGGACGACAAUCAGCAUCUUUGAGGCCGAUACAAUCACAUCGAUAGCACAACGAAAACCAACAGACAGACAGAGAGACAGACAGCAUGAGUUUAUUCAUUUAUUAUUUUCCUCUCAUUCACCUGUCUCUCUGUCUCUCUUUAUUCACAGAUGUGUAUGUGUGUUUUGAUCAAUGGCGGCCUCAACUUCCUAAUAAUCACUCAAUAUCAAAUCUAUUUUUUUUUUUUUUUUUUAAACAAUGUUUUGAGGGGGUUGAUUCUUUCUGAGCCAACAGACGCUGUCAUACCACUCAUAACUCCGCCUCUUCCUGUUCUGAGAAGGAGGCGGGCUUUCCUCUGCGUGCCUAAAGAGCUCCAAUGAGAACAGGGCAAAAUAAGACUAUUGACGAGUGAAUCGGACACUCCGUUUAUUUCAUGAUCUCAAGUUUUGCUCAUCAAUGAGAAAGAAGUUUGCAAUGUUUUUGGGUGGAUUUGCUGCACUGUGGACAGAAAGCCCAGUUUCCUGCGUCUAAUGCCACACAGACGACCAGGAACGUCUCGGAAAGAAGUACCGAAGAGUUUCUGGUUGUGGAAACGAAAAUGCGACACUUGUGUGUGUGUGAGAAAAUGUUCUUGGUUUGCUGUAGUGAGUUUUCACUGUUGGCAUUAGUUGUGUGGAACGGAUAUCAGGUGACUUUGUGAUUCAAUAUGGGAAUGAAAGAUCUACUUGUUUUAGUGUGGGUGUGUGUUUGUUAGAAAACACCUAAAUGAAAAGUUUUAAAGGUGAAGUGUGUAAUUUCUGCUCCACUAGCCGUACCAAACAGAAUGGGAGUCAAAGUAAUUAUCUCAAAACAGGUUUCCCCAACAUUCGCCAAUCAGUCGUUGGUCGGACAAAAGGGUAGUCCCACUCCAAACUCGCCCUAUUGGUCGAGCGAACCACAUUAUAGUGACAACGAGGAGGUUACUCCCUAGCAACCGGGCCAAUUUGGUUACUUAGGAGACCUGGCUGGAGUCACUCAGCACACCCUGGAUUUGAACUCGUGACUCCAGGGGUGAUAGUCAGCGUCAAUACUCGAUGAGAUACCCAGGCCCCCUCGACCCUCCUUUUCUUAAAAAAGGCACAAAUCUGUGUUCCUGUGAGACACUUACAAUGGAAGUCAAUGGGGUCAAUCCGUAAACGUUAAAAUACUCACUGUUUCAAAAGUAUAGACACAAGACAGAAACAAUAUGUGUGUUAACAUGAUUUAACUGUGAUAAAAUCACUUACUAACCACAUCUGUGGAAAGUUAGCGAGAAGCAUUUACCCAUGUUUCCAUUGAUCAUGAUAUAAAUAAUGGGGGGGUUGUACUGGCUUGUUUUGAUUAUUGGGGGGGGGGGGUUACCUCCCUUCAUUCCCCCGGAAUCAGCUGGUAAUUUGAUUAAGUUUAUGGCAAGAAUAGCACAUAAUGAUAAAUUUGGAAAAGAAGUGUUAGCAUUGGGACGUGUGAAGAUGCUUUGGAUGGUGAACUUGAGAAGGUCCCAAAAUCCACUGCAAACUCGCAUUCAAGUCUGACUCGAUCCUGGUGUGGAGUGCUCACUUUAUACCAUCAAAUCAAUUCCCGAUGGAUAAAAUUAUGUCCAACACUAUAUUUUUUGUUGUUGAAUAAACUCAGAAAUACUUCACAAUAUGGAAGUAACAUGGGUUGCGAUGUUGAUGGGUUUUCAUGGUGAUGUAACAUUAAAAAAAUAACACACUUCACUUUUAACGAUUCAAUGAUUUAAUAGAGAAAGGAAAGAUUUGACUGAAACUAAAAUCAAGUAUUUACCACUCUUAGAUUUUAAUAAAGACACAAAUAAUCCAGCCACACAUUAUGAUUUACUCAAACACACACAGACACACACUGAUUUGCUUUUUUCUGAGGUUGGCUGCUGAUUUCUGUACAUAGAGUCCAGAUUUACUAAUUGAAAGUUUAUUCAUUUUAAGUCAGUUCAGUUUUUCUCUUUUUUCGAUGUUUGGUGGAUGAUUCUCAUAUACGCCAGUAGCCGCUUUGCUAGGGCUUAAGGCACUUACUUUUCUAUUAAUUUUUUGUUGAAGUAUUAAUUUUGUCUGCAUUUCAGGUAAUAAUAGUAAUGAAAAACAAUGAAUAGUGUUUCUGUGCCUACAGUUCCCAUAGAGCAAUGGUUCUCAAACAGGGGGCUGGGACCCACUAGGGGGUCUUAACAUGACUUAAUAAUUAAAAUAAUCCAACUUAAUUAAAAUGUUAAAAAAUACUUUAAGAUGUAUGCCCACAAAUUAUAAACAGACUCUUUCUGAAACUUCUGGAAUCAAAAACGAUCCAUGAUAAUUAUUUUAAUCAGACACGUCUAGUUUCCGGUUUCCGAACUCUCUGCAGCGCUGAUUGGUUUAAUGCAGAACUCUGCAGUUCCUGAUUGGCUGAUGCAGAACUCUCUGCAGCGCUGAUUGGUUUAAUGCAGAACUCUGAAGUUCCUGAUUGGCUGAUAUGGAACCCUUUGCAGCGCUGAUUGGUUUAAUGCAGAACUCUGCAGUUCCUGAUUGGCUGAUAUGGAACCCUUUGCAGCGCUGAUUGGUUUAAUGCAGAACUCUGAAGUUCCUGAUUGGCUGAUACGGAACCCUUUGCAGCGCUGAUUGGUUUAAUGCAGAACUCUGAAGUUCCUGAUUGGCUGAUACGGAACCCUCUGCAGCGCUGAUUGGUUUAAUGCAGAACUCUGAAGUUCCUGAUUGGCUGAUAUGGAACCCUUUGCAGCGCUGAUUGGUUUAAUGCAGAACUCUGAAGUUCCUGAUUGGCUGAUACGGAACCCUCUGCAGCGCUGAUUGGUUUAAUGCAUAACUCUGCAGUUCCUGAUUGGCUGAUGCGGAACCCUCUGCAGCGCUGAUUGGUUUAAUGCAGAACUCUGCAGUUCCUGAUUGGCUGAUGCGGAACCCUCUGCAGCGCUGAUUGGUUUAAUGCAGAACUCUGAAGUUCCUGAUUGGCUGAUACGGAACCCUUUGCAGCGCUGAUUGGUUUAAUGCAGAACUCCGCGGUCCUGACUGGCUGAUACGGAACCCUCUGCAGCACUGAUUGGUUUAAUGCAUAACUCUGCAGUUCCUGAUUGGCUGAUGCGGAACCCUCUGCAGCGCUGAUUGGUGAAAUGCAGAACUCCGCGGUCCUGAUUGGCUGAAUUGUUUGCUUUUCCAACCUGUUCAUUGCCAUACAGACGUAGAUUUUGAGAGAAUAUCAGUUUCAAUAAAGCAAAGGUGCUUUGCAGAUUGAUCAAUACAACAUUUAUCUACUUUUUGUCACAAUUUUCUGAUAAUAUAUAGCCAUUUUAUGUGUAUAGGGGUCAGUUAUGCUAAGACAGAUCGUGAUGGUGUAUCUUUUCCCCAUUGUGUAGCACUCUAGUUCUUAAUGACUUUCUGUAUUAAAUUCAUGAUGAAAUGGUCCUUACAACGGGACCCUUCCGCCAAUUUAGCCAUAGACACGGACAAGCCAUAGCAUUGACCCGUCCCUCCAAUCCGAUUCAGGAGUGUAGAAUGUAUAUAUUUAUAUAUUUACCCAUGGAAAUAUUCUCGAAUGCAGGAGAGAUUAGUUGAUUCUAGAGUGGAGCAUCUCUGAAAAUGGAGUGAUGUUUUGAAUGUUCAUAUUAUUAUUAUAAAGAUAUUAUAUUCAAAUAUUAUUAUUAUUGUAAUUAUGAGCUUCAUUUUAUUGACAAUGAUUGAUAAACAAAAAUGUCUUUCUUUUUGUGAAUAUGGAGAAGUUUACAUUUUUCUGGGGAAAUAUUAAAAAUCUUUAAAUAUUUCAACAAAUAAAUAAAUAUAUACAUGCUUAA